UAUUGGUGUCAGAUGCCACUAUGAAAGGUGUAACUCCGGCAUUGCUAGCAGGCCUGCUGACUUGGGCGAGUUUUGCUUUGCCCAUGCCAAAUGGAAAUGAAAAGAGAGAAGACUACUUUGUCUGUGACACACCCGUGUGCCUUCAACGAGCAAAGAUUAUCAAUGAAUCGCUCAACACAUCGGUUGAUCCGUGCGAAGAUUUCUACUCAUACGCUUGCGGUGGAUGGAUGAAAAGUCACCCGAUACCAGCCGAAAAGUCUGCGCUGGACAGUUUCAGCGUACUGAACGAUCAACUGAGGGAUACACUCAGAGAUCUCUUAGAAAACAUUACCCUCGUUGACGAGAACCAAACCGUUGUCGACAAGCUCGCACUUUUCUACAACUCUUGUGUAGCUGCACCCGAGCUGCCCGAUCGACGUGACGUCAUGUACGACAUAAUGAAAGUUUCCGGAAUGCGUGACUGGCCUAAAACUGGAAACUCCAGCGAGGAAGUGCAAAACGUGACGGAAUCAUCAAACACCACGGAAUCGACGAACACGACGGAAUGUAGAAACAUCACCAGCGUCAUCAUCAGGACUGGAAUGUCAUCCAUCCUGGGCAUCGGGGUCGGAAGAGAUACCCGAAAUCUAGAUAGUUACGUGAUUCAGCUUGAUCAAUUGGGUUUCUCCUGGGUAGGCCGAAAACAGCUUAUCAACCAAAACACCACAUACAGCAGACCAAUCAUCGCCGCUUACAAGAACGUCAUUCAAGUGGCCAUGAAGUUCAUGAAGCCCAACCUUAGCGACGAAGAGAUCAGUGAUCUCACUGAUAAUCUCGUCGCUUACGAAGGACAGCUAGCCAAUCUGACAGCAGCACCUGAGCAACGGAGGGACCUCUUGAAACUUUAUCACAGAACAACCAUGGAGGAACUGCAGAAUAAUUUUACAAACAUACCGAUACGUGCGUUACUGACUAACGUGUUCAAAGAGGUAAACAUAACGCUAGCUGACAACGAGACCAUCGAAAUGUACGCUCUGGAGUACUACACGAAAUUAAACGAUUUUCUGGAAACCGUUGACCCGGACACGCUGUACAAUUAUGCCGGGCUGAGAACCAUGCUCUCAUGGGUGGGCGCCGCCUCGGCAGAUUUCCGAAACGCCAGCUUCGAGCUAUCGAAAAUCCAAAGCGGAGUUAGCGUUCAAAAGCCGAGGUGGGAGCGGUGCAUCAACUCGGCGAAGGCCUCGAUGCCGUCGGUUAUCGGCCACCUCUACGUCAAGAACAAGUUUAGCGAAGAGGCCAAGAAAGAGGUCGAGGACCUCGCCCGAAGGCUCAUGUCGGUCUUUAACGAAACGUUACAAAAUAUAACCUGGAUGGACCCUACAACGAGAGCCACGGCAGAGGAAAAGUUGAGAAAAAUGGAGGCGAGGAUUGGGUACUCAGAGAAAAUAGUGAACAUCACAUAUCUUGAAGGCCUUUACAAAUUCGUUCCGCAACUACAACUGAACACAUCUUAUUUGGAAGUGGUCUACGUGGUGUCCGUAAACAGCGGGAAAAGGAGUCUGAUGAAACUGCGAGAUACGUACGACAAGACCGCAUGGAUUGUAGGUCCUGCAGUCGUCAACGCUUUCUACAGCCCAAGUUCAAACCAAAUGGUGUUCCCUUCGGCAAUACUCCAAGGGGUCUUCUACGAACACGGUCUGCCCCGUUCCCUAAACUUUGGAGCCAUUGGCAUGGUGGUUGGACACGAAAUGACUCACGGUUUCGACGACACAGGAAGUCAAUUCGAUGCGAACGGCGCUUUGAAACAGUGGUGGUCAAACGACACACGGGCCGAGUUCAGAAAAAGGGCGAAGUGCUUCGAGGACCAGUACGGCAACAUCACCGAUAUAGAAGCAAACAUGACGCUCAACGGCAUAAACACACUGGGCGAAAACAUCGCUGACAACGGUGGUCUUCGGCUGGUAUUCGAGGCGUACAGCAAACUUCUGAAGGACGAAUGCAAAACUGACACCCGCUUGAAAGGCCUGGAAAAGUUUUCCGGAAAGCAGCUGUUCUUCAUCGCGAAUGGAAUGGCAUGGUGCAGCGUUGCCCGUCCCGAGUACCUGAAGAUACUGAUUCAGUAUGACCCGCACAGCCCAAGUCAGUACAGAGUCAACCUUCCAAUGUCCAACAUGCCUGCCUUCUCGGAAACGUUCAAGUGUCGGGCGAAUUCGACAAUGAACAGGACGAACAGGUGCAGGUUGUGGUGAGGUAAAGAAGUAAAAGACCGAAGCUGUAGCCCGAAAGUCAAGCAUUCUUUCACAGUUCAUUAUCCGAAUAAAGAGGCUUCAAUAUUUGC